UUCGCAAUCGAGAUGCGUGCGCGGUGUUACCUAGUCAUCGUUACGAUCUUUUGUGUUCAAGUAUGUGUAUUGCAUCCCCAGAGGGGGAGCAAAAUUGCGCUGGCCACAGACAGGCGCACCCCAAACAGUUACUAUUUUAGUUACUAUACCGAUUACGGUAAUUUUCGUGAAGAAGAGGGUAUUAUCACGCCCGUGGGAAGUCAACAAGUUUUAAGGGUACGUGGCAAGUAUUAUUACACCGGCGACAAUGGUAAAAAGUACGAGACAAUUUACACCGCCGAUGAAAAUGGAUUUCGAGCUAAAACUAAGAUUAGCCAACUAACAUUGGCAGCUGAUUCUACUCUGCUAGCGAGCUUGGCUGGGGGUGGGUUGGGCUGAAUUCAUCUUGACUGUUGUUAAUA